AUGCAGGCUGUCCCCGAGUCACGACAACAGACCUUCGAGGAGAUCUAUGGACCUCCAGAGAAUUUCCUUGAGAUUGAGGUCCGCAAUCCUCAAACCCAUGGCACCUCGCGAAAUAUGUAUACCUCCUACGAGAUUGUCUGUAGGACGAACAUCCCAGCCUUCAAGUUGAAGCAUUCUGUCGUGCGCAGGCGCUAUUCCGACUUCGAGUACUUCCGCGACAUACUGGAGCGGGAAAGCACGCGAGUUACGAUACCACCAUUGCCCGGGAAGGUCUUCACCAACCGCUUCAGCGACGAUGUCAUUGAGCACCGCCGUGAAGGGCUGCAGCGAUUCCUGCAGAUUGUUGCCGGCCACCCUUUACUGCAGACAGGAAGUAAGGUUCUGGCAAGCUUCAUACAGGACCCCAGCUGGGACCGAAACGCCUGGUGA